AUGGUGGUCGCUGAGAAGCAAACCGCGCAGGUGGGCGAAACCCAGCUGGGAAACAGCACCGAGAUAGACACGGUGCGCCUGGAGGCUGCUCUGGGUCACAAACAGGAAUUGUCGCGGAAUUUCGGGCUUUGGAGUGUGACAAGCUUGGGAAUUGUGAUUGCCAAUUCCUGGGCCGCAACAGGUGGCACAAUUGUGACGGCUCUCAUGAACGGAGGCCCUAUGGCCCUUCUCUAUGGCUUGAUCCUCGUCAGCAUCUUCUAUUCGGCAAUUUCGGCCUCCCUGGCCGAAUUAGCAUCCUCCAUGCCCUCCGCAGGCGGUGUAUACUACUGGUCCACGGUACUGAGUGGGAAGCAUGGCCGCGUCGCCGGAUUCUUCACGGGUUAUCUCAAUGCCUGCGCCUGGCUCCUGUCAGCCUCGUCGAUGAGUUCUAUGCUAGGCAAUGAAGCGGUGGCCAUGUAUUUGCUGCGGCACUCCGACGUCACCUGGAACUCCUGGCAGGUGUUUAUUGUGUUCCAGAUUGUCAACUGGAGCUGCUGUGCAAUCGUAUGUCUAGGGAACAAAUUUAUCCCUAUGAUCAAUCGAAUCGCACUGAUCCUGUCAAUGGCCGGACUCUUUGCAACUAUAGUGGUUCUCGCGGCUAUGCCAAAGACACAUGCACCUUCUUCGCAGGUAUGGACGCAAUACUAUAACAUGACUGGCGGCUGGUCCGAUGGCGUGUGCUUUAUGACAGGGCUGCUUAAUGCUGCCUUCGCCGUGGGAGUUCCUGAUUGUAUCAGUCAUUUGUCUGAAGAGGUUCCUAAGCCGCAGGUCAAGGUUCCUCAGGGAAUUAUGAUACAGAUGUUGACGGCAUUCUCGACCUCCUUCAUUUAUCUGAUCGCUCUGUUCUAUUCGAUCCAGGACCUCGAUGCCGUUUUCAACACUAAUGUGGGAUACUUCCCUACUGCUGAAAUUUACCGACAAGCUACGGGAACCACUACUGGUGCUAUUGGACUCAUUGCGGUGCUAUUUUUGGCUACCUUCCCAACCCUGAUUGGCACGUUCGUCACUGGAGGACGAAUGUGGUGGAGCUUGGCCCGCGACAAUGCUACACCUUUCUCAAACUACUUUGCCCAGGUGCACCCUACAUUAAAUUGUCCUGUCCGUGCCACCGUCGCCAUGAGUGCAAUGGUUACGAUCAUCGGCUGCAUUUACAUCGGCAGCACAACAGCUUUCCAAGCCCUCAUCUCGUCCUUUAUUGUGCUUAGCACUCUAUCUUACUUUGGGGCCAUCCUCCCCCAUGUGUUGACUGGCCGUCGGAACAUAGUUCCCGGACCCUUCUAUAUGGGUAAAAGCCUAGGAAUGGUGGUGAAUAUCCUAUCGUUGGUGUACAUUCUCGUCACCGUGACAUUCUUCUGUUUCCCAUUCGUAAUGCCGGCCACCGUUCAGAACAUGAAUUAUACCAGUGUCAUAACGGUCGGUUUGAUGGCAUUGACUGCAUUGUGGUGGUUCGUCCGCGGAAGGUCCGAGUACCGAGGCCCGCAUUAUAAUUUCGAGACUGCCCAGAAAUUGGUGUCUGGAGUGGCAGCCAAGGAGGGCGGUGGCUCUGCAGUUGCGUCCAUGGAGGAGUCCACGGCAACCGAUCUUGAUGAGCACGGACGGGUGGAAUGA